ACAAAAUGUCGAUCAAAUGGGAAUUUGAGAUUAUUGUUCAAAGACCAAGCCCAAAGAAUUCCUCCUAACGCGGGUCCUAUUCCAUUUACGGUGCCAAGAACUUCUCGUGAAACAGUAUUUGAAAUCUAUGUGUCGAAUUAG